AUGCCGCCACGCCUGCCUCUUUUACAUACAUUGCGACAGCCCUCGGUCUUGUCGGUUCGCGUCAGAGUCACAAGAUUCAGCACCGCGGCGGAUGAUGCAGUGAUACAGACCCAGCAGAUCCCUGCGCCCGGCUCCGGGAAUAUUCGAGUCCUGCUGCUGAACAGACCUAAAGCCCGGAACGCAAUUUCCAAGAAUCUUUUGGACAGUCUGGCUAAGCAUGUCCAGUCGAUAUCUGCGGAGGGAGGCACUGGUCCGACACGUGCCUUGGUCAUUGCCAGUAAUGUGGAUUCGGCCUUUUGUGCGGGCGCAGACUUGAAAGAGCGAGUAAAUAUGACCAAGGAAGAGACAAAUGAAUUCUUGUCCAAGCUGCGCGGUACGUUCCGUGAUCUUGCUGGGCUACCCGUCCCCACCAUUUCUGCCGUGUCUUCUACGGCGCUGGGAGGUGGGCUAGAGCUCGCUUUAUGUACGCAUCUACGUGUCUUUGGCUCAUCCAGCAUUGUUGGAUUGCCCGAGACCAGACUAGCUAUCAUCCCUGGGGCGGGAGGCACGUACCGCCUGCCGGGGGUUGUUGGGGUGAACCGCGCCCGAGACCUCAUUCUCACUGGGCGACGUGUGUCGGGCGCCGAGUCAUACUUUAUGGGGCUCUGCGAUCGGCUCGUCGAAAUCUUACCUGAAGAGGAGCAAAAGGAGGGCGCGGCGCGCGAGAAAGUGCUCCGGGAGAGCAUCAAACUGGCCAUGGACAUUUGCGAAGGUGGGCCCAUCGCUAUCAAGCAGGCACUGCAGGCCGUGAAUGACUUCCAGAAGGGUGAGGUGGCAGAAAACAAGGCCUAUGACGGCGUGGUGGAGACGGAAGAUCGCUUUGAGGCUUUGCGGGCGUUCGCCGAAAAGAGGAAGCCUGCUUUCCGGGGGCGAUGA